AUGAAUUCUACAUCGAAAGAUGAUGAUCUGUCUGUAUUCAUCCUUGAUGACACGAUAGACGAUUCUGUGAAUGAAUGGAGAUUCAGUCUGAUCGGGAGAUUGGAUUUGGUCAAAUUGAAGAUGGAAACAGUUGAAACAUCCUUGAGGAAGCAGUGGGAUGUUAAAGGUAUUCUUCAACUUAUCCCUUUAGGCAAAGGUUUCUUUAUAAUAAAAUUAGAUAAUGAAGAAGAUAGAAAAAUGAUUUGGAAAGGUCAUUGGAUUGUUGAAUCUCAGGACUUGAAAUUAAGAGUUUGGGAACCAAACUUUAAUCCAGAUAAUCAAAAAAUUACUUCAGCUUUUAUUUGGGUAAUGUCUCCUGGUCUUAGUAUUGAAUAUUGGAAGGAGGAUAUCAUAUUAAAGAUGGGAAACAAAGUUGGAAGAGCUAUAAGAGUGGAUGAAACAACAUUGAAAAGUGGGUUUUAUGCAAGUGUAGUGGAUAUGACAAAUCCAAUUCCAAUCAAAAUCAGUCUAGAAUCAAAGUAUGAAAAAUUCGAGCAAGCAAUUCAAAUACCUAAACUACCAAAGUUUUGUAUUCAUUGUUCAGUUAUUGGACACCAUGUUGCAGAAUGCAUGAGUAAAAGGAAAGAACAACAACAAGAAACAAUGAUUGAAUUACCACCUAAAAAAGAAAUUUUUAAUGAGGAAGAAAAUGUAGAAGCCUUUCAUCCAGAACAUAGGGGUGAAUCUUCUAACUCAGAGAGCUUUCAUAUAUUACAAGAUAAGACUGAGGAACUGCAAGAACUCCUUAAAUCUCAAAAUUCAACUUUACCAGUUAAACAAAUUCUUGAAGUAAGUUCUAAUACUCCUUCUAUUAACAAUGUUAUUCAAGUUACUCAACCUGUUAUUACUACAUCAAAGCAUAGAGUUACUCAAGGUACUAAGGAAGAUGGGUUGAAAGAAGGAAAUAAAUUGAAGAUUAAACCGGUGAGAAAUGUUACUACCAGAAAUCAGGCAGCUCAAAAAAAUGAAGUUUCAGCUGGAAAUUCUAGAAAUUCAGGAAGGAGGGGUCCUUUAUCUCCUCAACAUCCUUCUAAAUGA